AAGUCAGCUCCCGCCCACACCUGCACGGCCCAGAUGGAGUCUGUUCUGCGAGUCUUCCGCCAAGCGGACGCAGAAGAGCUGCCUCGGGGCGAUAUUUUGCAACUCCUGAAGGGACUGACAAAUGUGGAAAACCACGACACGGUUCUGGAUGCCUACAUUGCGCGUGUGCCACUAGAGCACGGCAUGGUCCGGAUGGGGCCCUUUCUGGACUGGCUGGCAGGGAGCCACCUGGGCCCAACCGACUCAGAGGUUCAGAGCGAGCUGGUGGUGCAGGCACUGGCACACCGCGGCCUAACUCUGCGGAGCUUGGUGGGCUUCAUGCGGCGACUUCCUGUGCUCAUGCCCCACUAUGAGCUGGACAGAACCAGGACUGUGGAUGUCGUUUGGCAAGUCAUCAUUCCAGAGACGGCUGCCAGGGGGUGCGCCUAUGCCGAGCUGCUCCAGGAUGAAAAGCGGCUGCCAGACAAGAUGGUGUCGCACAAUUGGGGCAACCUCUUCUCCCACCUCAUCGCAGCCCUCUUUGCUGAUGCAGCGGGCCACACUGGCUUCCGGCAGGUGCUUGAGUGGAUGCGGCUGGGAGAUGCAGGCUGGGAUCUGAUUGAAGCCCAGAUCCAAGAUGCCGGCAAGCUUGACAGCAGCCGCUGGCUCUGCAUCUUCGCAGUGAACCAGCACAUCUCCAUUUGCAACCAGACUUGGGGCGGGAAGGACGCCUGCACAGGGCAGCUCUACACGCCCUGCACCUGUGGAAAGGAAAAGGUCCACUCGGGUGCCCUCUGCGAGAUGAACAAGUUUGACGCAAUGAUUGAGUUAUUCAAAGCACGAUGCCCAAAGUAUGAGCACGUGGUUGCAGUGGAUGAUGGUCUGUAUCUUCUGACCCGAAUUUGGGUCAUCGCUGAAAUUGCAGAGGUCUUCCGACAUGAGCUUCCUUGCAAAGUGGUCCUCCUGGAGCCACGCAGCCAGGAGCUGCUGAGCAACGUCCAGGUGAUGGACGUGCGAAAUGCGCAGGCAAGCCGGCCUGAGGAUGUCGAGCUGAUUCUGGCGAAGAUUCCUGACAAAGAGGAGUUCAAUACGCGCACUCGGGUGGCGCUCAUGGUUGUGGCACAUUUGGCCAGUCUCCAGCUGCGUGCCGAGAUGGUGGAGCUUCUUAAGGGCAUCUCCUCCCCAGAGAGGGAUCAUCGCAGCUUGCAGCAAGUGGAUGCCACCCGGGCCCGCCUGAGCCAGGCCUCCAACCUCCAAGAGGUCCAAGAGGUUUGGGAGGACUUUGAGCGGCAGAGCGAGAAGGUCUCGGAUGCGGACCAGAUCAAGAUGAUGAACGUCUUUGGCCUGCUGCGAGAGGUCAACCUCACGCAGCCGGAGCUCUUUAUCAACACGUAUCGACGGGCGGCGCUGCCUCAGAUGGGCUUCAGGCCAGACAUGUCGGACGAGGACAUUAUGGCCGGCUUCUGGCAGAUGCGCACAAAUGUGCAAAGCAUGAGUGAGCUGCCACAUGUGUAUGUGGAUGGUCCCGCCUUCAUGGCGGUUGUGGUGAAGUCCAGAAAGCCGCACUCCACGGUGAUUUGCAUCACGUGCCCGCACGAGUCUCUGCACGUUUUCUUCGAAAUGGGGGAGAAAGUUCAAAUGACCGAGUCCAAGUUCCCAAGCCACCUGGUGACGAUGGUCUACCGGACCCCAGGGCCUGCCCAGGUUGUCAUCCACCGCGGGUUGAACGAGCCUCCAGUUUGCUACAGCGGUCCCUUUGAAGAGAAGCCUCUUGCAGAGUUCGUGGUGGCGGAGGCUCUACCACGAUUCGGGCCACUCCACGAGGUGAACCGGGUCCACUACUUGGUGCAAGCAACAGCCGGGCUGCUGGCGGUGUGGCUGGGCGUCGACGUGGGCGAUGUCGAAGCUGGAGUGGUCGAAGCGAUGAAGGCUGUUGCGGUGGACGAGGCGAUGCAGGGCAUCCCGUGCUGCCUGCUGGAGCGCUCUCCAGAGGUGCUGAAGCGCUUUGAGCGCUUCCUCGGCGGCGAGCGCUUUUCGAGACCCGUGGCGGUGCUCGUCUUGGGGCAGCUGGGGGGCCGCAGGUUCAAGACGAGCUCCGACCAGGUGAAGAGCUUCAUCCUGCCACUGGAGCUGCCGCUUGACCCGGCCCGACUGCUGGGAGAGAUCCGGAGCGCCCAGAAUCAAGAAGGCGAGGCAGAGGUCCAUGAGUCGCCGCUUCUUGGGGAGAGGUUCUUGCAAAAGAUAGAGCCCCCCAGAAGGUGAAUCCGGAGUUGCUUGCGGUGAAUCUGGAUCCUGCUCAAGCUUUAGCAGCCGCCGAGCCAUCGAGCUGUCUCCACUCUUGCCGAGCGCAGAGCUCUGGAACUUGUCCAGUUUUGGACGCGCCCUCAGAUGUGUGCAUGGAUUGAAGCAAUGCCAGCCUCAAAGAGGCCGGACGUCGACAGAUCGGCUGCCCUGCAUGAAAUUCUA